GUAUGAACACGAGGUCUCCACUCUCCAGUCUCCACGUUGCCCUUCUCUUCCCCACUCGCCUCCGCUCACCUUGCCUCGAUCGUUCCAGGAGUAAUAAAACACUAAAAUGGCGAUGGCGGCGGCGAGGAGAGCGCUCCUGGCCCACCUCCGCGUGCCGGUGGUCCACCCUGCAGCGGCGGCAGCGACCAUCCCCGCGGCAGGGCGGCUCCUGUCGUCGACGACGGAGACAAAGGGGUCGUUCCUCGACAAGGGCGAGGUCGCUGACCGUGUCGUCUCCGUCGUCAAGAACUUCCAGAAGGUUGAACCCUCAAAGGUGACACCUAGUGCUCAUUUUCAGAAGGACCUUGGACUUGAUAGCUUGGACACUGUGGAGAUCGUGAUGGCGUUUGAGGAAGAAUUUUCCUUUGAGAUUCCUGACAACGAUGCAGAGAAGAUUGACUCCAUCAAGACAGCGGUUGAUUUCAUUGCUUCGCAUCCUCAAGCAAAAUAAGAGGAUUUCUUUUUUUUUCGUAUUUCAAAGUGUGUUUUGCACUUUUGCAUCCAGAACUUUAUGCGACACGGGACUAGUUUUAUCUAGCUUGCCGCAGUAGAUAGGAAGUCAUUUCUUUACCUUUCUGAAUCCGCGUGUACCAAACGAUUGUUGUGUUCUUGUGACCUCAUUGGUACGCUAAUCCAUAAAUCCAUUUGGACUUCCUUUCUGCUU